GUAAACUGGUGAGAGGGACGUUUGACAUGCGGUAGGCUUGCUUCGAAGCAGUAAACUUUACAACAGUGGUUGUGUUUUUUAUUUUGCAAAUGUGUUAAUAAAGCCAUGAGAGCCAUGAAAUACUGAGUUGCUGGGAUGUGGGUGCUUCGUUGUUUGUUUGUCCUGUUGGUCAGGAUAACAGCUGUUAGCUCCAAUAUAUGCCCCCCUUCUACAGCCACAGGCGAAGUUGAUUUUACAAAAUCAUUGAAUGUUGAUGACUAUAUAUCCUAUGGCCACUCCAUCCCAUUACUAUGCUGUGCCAAAGGCUUUGAUCACAUUGACUGGUACAGGAAAUUAGCGAACGAAACAUUUGUGUCCUACCCUCCUAGCUCACCAAGAACGGACGCUCCAGUGCUUGAAGAAAAUAACCAAGUGUUGCGGAUAAUCCAUGCAGAUUUAAGCGACAAUACAACAUUUAGAUGUGACCUGGUCAAGAAUGGCUCUGUUAUCAAAAACCAUACAAACAGACUUCAUGUUUCUACAUGUGACCCAACUCCUCAUGGUCCAUUUUUGGUUGAACCCAUGCCAGGCAACCAGACAAUAUACCAGUAUGGGGGGAAUGUGAUAUUCCACUGCACAGGGAACUUUGGCUGUCAUGUGCCAGAUGCACGCGUGGCAUUUUGGAUGGUGAACGGAACGAUUCAUCCUGUAAACGCUAGCAAUAGAUAUGUAGUGACUCAGACUCAAAGUUCAGACUUGUCCAUUCUGGGUGCUACGCUCACCAUCAACAAGGUUGAGCCAAAGGAUGUUUACAACACUUUCGUAUGCCUUGUGUAUAACGAUCAGUCUGUCAUAGGCAUGUCUGAAAGAUUCGUCCACAUUAUAAAGAAAGAUGUUCUAAAUAACACCAAAGUUAUAAUUAUUGCGACAUGCAGUGUGGGAGGAUUCAUUCUUCUGGUUAUCGUCAUUCUUCUAGUGUGCUGGUGUUACUCGCCUCAAAUACAGCGCUUCUGCUACAUGCGAUUACCAUGCUGGAAAAUUGUCACAAUUGAUGAGGAUAAGUAUAAGUACAAUGUGUUUGUGUAUCAUGCUGAAGAAGACCGUGAAAUUGCUGAGAACAUCAAAGCAAACCUAAUAGAGCGUGGAUACAAGGUUUCCAUGUCUGCAGAUAUCAUGCCUGGGAGAGGUGAAUUGCCAGCUUAUAAUACAGAAUUUGAUUGGAGCGGCGCCGUUUAUUUCCUGUACUCGAAAAACCUUCUUUCUGACCAAUGGGCUAUCAGUUGCAUGACCCAUCUUAUUUCUGAGAAGAAACCUGUUUGGUUCCUUGAAAUUGAUGAGCUGAAGCCCAAAGAUGCAUUGAAUUGGGCAAAGGAAGGCAAAAAGGAAUGUGAGCAACCACGAGCAAAUGAAAAUGUGGACAGCGAUAUUGAAAUUAGUGUGGCCGAUAUGGAUGGAACUGAUGAUGGGAGUGUAGUUAAUAAUAAUGGAAGGGGUGAUGCUGCUGAUGUUGCUGAUGAUGAUUCAAGCCUGAGAAAUCAAGACGAAGAUUUAAAGUUUUGGGAAAAGAUGCCAAAGAUCAAAGUGCCAAAGAAAAAUAGCUCAAACAGGAAGAUGAACAAUUUCUGGUGUUCAUUGGAAAAUAAACUUCCAAAAUUUAAAUCGCAAAAAUCAAAAUCGCGAAAGUUAGCUGCAGAAAUUUCAAAACCAGAUAAAAACAGGGGGUCCUCAAGCACCAGACCUUUGCUUGAAAGCGAUCAUAAUUUUAUGUUGGAAGCGGAAGGGCCGGGGGCAGAACUAAGUGAAACUCCAUUGCGGAAUGAAGUAUUUCUAUUCCCUGAGACCGAUCUUCAAAGUCAUGACACAGGUUUUGUCCAUCCUAUACCAAAUAAUGAUUAUAACAUGGAUGCUCCAAGACAUCAUGUUGCAGGUGGUAGUGAUGAAAACAUUGUGAAUGCUGAUGUUCAUGGGACAUUUAAUGAUGAUCAUGAUGAUGAUGAAACUUGUGUAUUGGAAAAAGAAGAAGUGGGUAUUUCCAAUCCGUCAGAAAACAUUCCUACAUUGCAUUUAUACACUGAAGUAAUUCAGAACAAUAAUCAUACUGGAUCCAACUUUGCCAUGGAACAUAAAGAAGAACCUGCAAGGUUUCCGAUAGUUACUAACCCGAAAGAAAUUGACCUAAUUGGAUCACACCGUAGGCACAGUAUUAAGCGUGAACAGUCCGAAAGUGGGUUUGAAAAUAGUGAUAACAGUGGCUCAGAAAGAGCCACAUCCGAUUUUAUGUCACCAGCUUCCCAGUCAUCUGGAUUCAGUUCCGGAGAGUAUUCAUCACCCACUUCUAGCAGUGACGGGCGGAACAGCCUUCCAUACAAUGAUUCAGGGUUUAGAUUUAAGGGUAUGAAUGAUCAAAUAGAUGGAAAAUCAGACUUGAGAGCCAGCCAUGAGAACCAAAUUAGCAAUGCUCAUUCAAAGGGCUUUAUGAAUUCAAAUGCUUGAAAAAUACAAUCUAUGAUUCGUCACCCACUUCUUGUAGUUAUGGGUUAAACAGCCUUCCAUACAAUGAAUCAGGGUUUAGAUUUAAGGGUAUGAAUGAUCAAAUAGAUGGAAAAUUAGACUUGAGAGCCAGCCAUGAGAACCAAAUUAGCAAUGCUCAUUCAAAUGGCUUUAUGAAUUCAAAUGUUUGAAAAUACACAAUCCUGCUUUGUUAAUAUUUUACUUUUAUAUGUAUGAAAUAAGUGAAUAUGAACAGGUUUUUAAGAUGAAAAAGCUUAAUCAUGUUUAUUCACUGGUACAUUUAUUCAUAUUAAUGUCAGUGGAAGUGUUUUUCUACACUUUUUGCUAUUUUUGUUUAAGUCUUCUUUUUACUAUUUGCUUUUGUCAUAUUAUAUUAAAAGUGCUUUUUAACUCUUAAUAACCAAAUAUUCUGUUUAUACACAAUUAUGUAGUUAUAUCUGCAAGUUCUCAUCAUGAAAAUCAUUAGCUUCCAAGGGCAAAGUCAGAAAAUAGUGAUUACAGCAGUCAGUGGCUGAGAAAGAGCCGCAUCAGAUUUUAUGUCAUCAAUUUCCCAGUCAUCUGGAUUCAGUUCCGGAGAGUAUUCAUCACCCACUUCUAGCAGUGAUGGGCAGAACAGCCUUCCAUGCAAUGAAUCAGGGUUUAGAUUAAAGGGUAUGAAUGAUCAAUUAUAUGUGGAAAAAAGACUUGAGAGACAGCCAUGAGAACCAAAUUAGCAAUGCUCAAUCGAAUGGCAUUGUGAAUCCUGCUUUGUCAAUAUUUUACUUUUACAUGUAUGAAAUAAGUGCAUAUGAACAGGUUUUAAAGAUGAAAAAGCUUAACCAUGUUAAUUCACUGGUACAUUUAUUCAUAUUAUGUCGGUGGGAGUUUUUUUCUAAACUUUUUGCUAUUCAUUUUUUAAUUCUACUUUUUACUAUUUGCUUUUAUCAUAUUAUAUUGAAAGUGCUAUUUAACUCUUAAUAACCAAAUAUCCUUGUUUAUACAUCUGUAGUUAUAUCUGCAAGUUCUCAUCAUAAACAUCAUUAGCUUCCAAGGGCAAAGUCAGAAAAUAGGGAUUACAGCCUUCAAUAGCUCAUAAAGAGCAACAUUAGAUUCUAUGUCACCAGCUUUCCAGUCAUCUGGAUUCAGUUCAGGAGAGUAUUCGUCACACUCUAACAGUGAUGGGUUAAACAGCCUUCCAUACAAUGAAUCGGGGUUUAGAUUUAAGGGAAUGAAUGAAGCCAUGCGAACCAAAUAAGCAAUGCUCAUUUAAAUGGCUUUAUGAAUUCAAAUGUUUGAAAAUACACAAUCCUGCUUUGUUAAUAUUUUACUUUUAUAUGUAUGAAAUAAGUGCAUAUGAACAGGUUUUAAAGAUGAAAAAGCUUAAUCAUGUUAAUUCACUGGUACAUUUUUUCAUAUGUCGGUGGAAGUUUUUUAUCUACACAUUUUGCUAUUCAUUUUUUUAAUUCUACUUUUUACUGUUUGCUUUUGUCAUCUAUUUAGCUCUUAAUAACCAAAUAUCCUUGUUUAUACAUAUGUGGUUAUAUGUUCUCAUCAUAAAAAUCAUGAGCUUUUAAAGGCAAAGUCAGAAAAUAGUGAUAACAGUGGCUCAGAAAGAGCAACAUCAGAUUCUAUGUCACCAGUUUCCCAGUCAUCUGGAUUCAGUUCCGGAGAGUAUUCGUCACCCACUUCUAGCAGUGACGGGCAGAACAGCCUUCCAUACAACGAAUCAGGGUUUAGAUUUAAGGGUAUAAAUGAUCAAAUAUAUGGGUGAAAAAGACUUGAGAGCCAGCCAUGAGAACCGAAUAAGCAAUGCUCAAACAAAUGACAUUGUGAAUUCAAAUGCUUGAAAAAAUAAAUCUUGUUUUGUCAAUAUUUUACUUGUAUAUGUAUAAAAAAGUGCAUUUUUACAGGUUUUAAAGAUUUAUUUGAUUUAAUUAUGUUUAUUGAUAGCCAUAAAUGUGUGAAAGUAUUUUUCUACAGUUUAUGCCUUUCAAAAAAGGAGGCAUAUAUUAAUCAGACGGUCUGUCUGUCAGUCUGUCCUUCCUUCUGUCCGUCCCUGUAGUUUUCUAUCAAUAAAUGAAAAACGUUUAGGUCCAAAGAUCUCAAACUUGGUUGUCAGGUUGGAAAUUAACAGCAGAUGAACACUAUUUAAAGGUAAGCGCAUGGGUCGAUGGUCAAGUUUGUGAUGACCUUCAGCUGAACAUCUGUUUCCGAUCAAUAACUGAAGAACACUCGGCCCAAGGGACCUCAAACUUGUAAGGCAUGUUGGUUAUGAGCAGUAGAUAAACCUUAUUGAUUUUGAGGUAUGUGGGUCAAAGGUGAAGGUCGUGGUGACCUUUAGCUGAAAAUCUGUUACCGCCCAAUAAUUGUUUUUUUGGGGGACCCAAUGACCUUAAAUUUGGUAGGGCGGUUGGCCAUGACCAGCAGAUGUACCCUUUUGAUUUUGAGGUCAGUUGGUCAACAUUCAAGGUUGUGGUUACAUCGAGAUGAAAAUCCGUAUUUGAUCAAAAUGAAGAAUGCUAAGGACCUCAUACUUAUUAUGAAGGUUGGUCAUGACCAGUAGAUGAACCCUAUUAAUUUUGAGGUCAUGGUGGCCUUGAAAUGAAAUUAUGUCUCAGAUCAAUAACUGAAGAAUCCUGAGGCUCAGGGUCUUUAUACUAGUAGGAAGGUUGGUCAUGGCCAGUAGAUGCACCCUAUUGAUUUUGAGCUCUGUGGAUCAAAGUUCUAGGUCGUUGUAUUCAACUCCGAUUAAUCACUGGCCCAGGGACAUCAAACUUUGUAGACAGGUUGGUUAUGGCCAUUAGGUGAACCCUACUAGUUUUGAGGUAAAUGAGUCAAAACUGAAGGUCGUGUUGACCUUGAGCUGAAAAUCUGUCUCGGAUCACUAACUGAUUAAUAACUGAAGAAAGCUCAGUCCAAGGGACCUCAAACUUGAUAGGCAUGUGGCUCUUUAGCAAACUUGGUCGUUCGGGCACAUUGUCACUCCUCUGUGACAGCUCUUCUUUGUGUUUCUUUUUUUAUUUCUACUUUUUACUGUUUGCUUUUGUCAUAUAACAGUUUGUAUAUUAAAAGUGCUUUUACUCUCAA